CAUGUGCACUAUAUUAUUACUCUAAGCGUACAGAUGUUAACUUUACUUUGAUGCCUGCUUAGCAUUUCUUGGUGUGGUUGCAUUGGCCGUCAUUUGUUCUCUAUGAAGGUCACUAUUGCCUUGCGUUGUAGACCUAUUAUACUACACAUUUUAUAAACAAUGAGGAAGAUCACAAAGACCACAAAAAUUACAGGGAAGCGAACCAUUCAAGAAAUAAGCAACGAAGAAAACUGUGUUGCCAGUGUUUCAAAGCAGCGUAACAAUUAUGUUGGAGAGUCUUCGCAUAGAGAAAAUGCAAAGAAGAUUGAUUUCAUGGAUGGUGGUAAUGGAAAUCUUUCCAAAGAGAGUCUCGCCAGGGAGAGAGGUGGAGUUUUGGUAAGAAAGACGAAGCAGAGUUUGGGCACCUUACCAGUGUCUUCAACUCCUUUAGCCAAUAUUACUAAUGUGAACAUACCAACAAGUUUUCAAAGGCGGGAUGCUUCGAUUGGAAGCAAAGUUUCGUGUUAUACAUACCUUCAACAUUCAUGGAAUGUCAUGUCGUUCAAUAACAAUAUAUCUGCUUAUGGCAAUUCUACAAGAGGUACAUGUGGUUCCUCUUUGGAAACAGGUCAAACAUCUAAUCUAGAUCCUUCACCUCUGUCUAAUCUUGAUUCAAUAGAUUUGAAUCAAGACCAAAUUGACAGUAUAGAUAUUGAUGUCGGUGAUGAUGACACAACUUAUGUUACGAAGAGUAUCCCAAGUGGCUAUUUGGAUGUUGGUGACCCUUCAUACAAGUGUAGUUUUUGUGGAGCUUUGUUUUGGUAUGAUGAGAGACUAGAAUCUCAUUAUAGGGCAAAAAAUCCGAAAUAUUCAGGUUGUUGUAUGCAAGGAAAAGUCAAGCUACCGCUUAUAAAAAGGCCCCCACCUAUCAUUGAAAAUUUGUUUAUGGGAUGUGAUGAAUUAAGCAAGCAUUUUCUAAAAAAUGUGCGUUCCUACAACAACAUGUUUUCAUUUACCUCGAUGGGAGGGAAGAUUGAUUCGAGUGUAAAUGGUGGAAAAUCCCCACCCAUUUUUAAGUUGCAUGGCCAAAACUUUCAUCUAAUGGGAAGUUUGUUACCGGCAGAUUCUGCAGUGCCUAAAUUCGCACAGUUGUAUAUAUAUGAUACAGAGAAUGAAGUGUGCAAUAGAAUUAAUUCUGUUCGGAAAAAGGAUGAACCACAUGACCUACAUGAACGAAUAGUUGAAGAUUUGAAAAAGACACUUGAUGAGCAUAAUGUGUUGGUGAAAUCAUUUAGAAUGGCAGGGAAGAAAAUAAGAGAAGAAGGUUGCGUUGAUUUUAAGCUCAAACUCAUAGGAAAGAGAGCAAAAGACGCAAGGACUUACAAUCUCCCAUCGGUGUCAGAGGUUGCUGCUUUAAUUGUAGGUGAUCUUGAUCUGUCUCUUGGAGAAAGGGAUAUUGUGGUUGAGACUUGUGCUGGAGGAUUGCAACGAAUUAAUGAACUUCAUCCUUCAUAUUUUGCACUUCAAUAUCCGCUUUUAUUUCCAUAUGGGGAAGAUGGGUAUAGAGAAGACAUACCUUUGUCUAAAAAAAAAAUAGAUCACUCUCGAGGAAGACAAAAUGUCAGCAUCCGGGAGUUCAUUGCAUACCGAUUGCAUGAAAGGGGGUCUGAGAUAUCUACUUUAUUGCAUGCUAAGAGGUUGUUUCAGCAAUUUGUUGUCGAUGCCUAUACUUUGAUUGAAUCGAGUAGGUUGAGAUAUAUUCGCAAUAAUCAAAAGCAAUUGAGAUGUGAAAUGUACAAGGGAUUGACUGACGCUUUAUUACGAGGUGACACAAAUCCUGCCACACAAGGGAAACGAAUAAUACUUCCGUCUUCGUUCACUGGUGGAGCAAGAUAUAUGAUCCAGAAUUACCAAGAUGCAAUGGCUAUUUGCAGAUGGAUAGGAUAUCCUGAUUUGUUUAUUACUUUUACCUGCAAUUCUAAUUGGCCAGAAAUAGCUAGAUACAUUAAACAACGAAAUCUUAAACCAGAAGAUCGACCAGAUGUUAUCUGUCGAAUUUUUAAGAUGAAAUUGGAUGCUCUAAUCACUGAUUUUAAGCGAAACAAAAUAUUUGGCACAGUUAAAGCAGUGAUUUACACCAUUGAGUUCCAAAAACGUGGAUUACCGCAUGCACAUAUAUUGCUAUUUCUUGACAAGAAUGAAAAGUUCCCAACGCCAGAUCACAUUGAUAGCAUAAUUUCAGCUGAAAUUCCCUGCGAGGAAACUGACCCAGAAUAUUUUAAUGCAGUCAAGGAUUAUAUGAUGCAUGGCCCAUGUGGACCUAUGAGGAGUAACUCUCCUUGCAUGGUAGAUGGUCAAUGUUCUAAACAUUUUCCAAAGAGAUUUGUUGAUCAUACCACUUUGGAUGAUGAUGGAUAUCCAGUGUAUAGACGGAGAAAUCAAGGCAGAACAAUAUCAAAAAAUGGGGAAGAUUUGGAUAAUCGAUAUGUUGUGCCCCAUAAUAGAUAUUUGUUGCUCAAGUACGCAGCACAUAUUAAUGUGGAGUGGUGCAAUCAGUCAAGAUCUAUCAAAUAUCUGUUCAAGUAUGUGAACAAGGGUAAUGAUAGAGUAACUGCCACGUUCUAUCAAAGUGCAAGUGGUGAGAAUGAAGAAAGCAAUGUGGAUGAAGUAAAAAUGUAUUACGAUUGUAGAUACAUUUCAUCAUGUGAGGCUGCUUGGAGGACAUUAGGCUAUGAAAUCCAAUAUAGAAGCAUUGGUGUGGAAAGGUUGAGUUUUCACCUACCUAACGAGCAGGUUGUGUAUUUUGAUGAUUUAGAGCCCAUAGACGAAGUUCUUCAAAAACCAACCAUUAAAGAAAGUAUGUUCCUUGCUUGGUUUAAAGCAAAUGAAAUUUAUCCUGAAGCGCGGGAUUUGACUUAUGCUGAGAUGCCGAUGAGAUUUGUCUGGAAACAAGCAACAAGAGAGUGGACUCCAAGGAAAAAGAGUUUUGCCAUUGGAAGAUUAUUUUAUGUGCCGCCAAGUUGUGGUGAGCUUUUCUACUUGAGAUGCCUUUUGAAUGUUGUUCGUGGUCCAACCUCUUUUGAAGAUAUUAUGAAGGUUGGUGGCGUCCAAUACAAUACUUUUCGUGAUGCUUGCUAUGCUCUUGGUCUGCUAAAUGAUGAUAAGGAAUAUAUUGAUGCAAUUAAAGAAGCGAGCUUUUGGGCAAGUGCACAUCGUUUGCGCAAACUUUUUGUCGCUUUAUUAAUUGCUGAUUGCUUGAGUAGACCAGAAGAGGUUUGGGAGAAGUGUUGGACUUUUUUAUCUGAAGAUAUUGUUUACAAGCAACGUUUAAUGCUUAAUCAUCCAGAUCUUACAUUGACUGAAGAUGAGGUGAAGAACUUUACUUUGUUUGAAAUUCAAAAAUUGUUGCGCAGUUGCGGGAGGAGUUUGGAUGAAUAUAACACCAUGCCGGUUCCAGAUAAUAGAUUCUUAUCAAAUAACGGCAAUCGAUUGGUGUACGAUGAGCUAAGGUAUGAUCGUAAAAAGUUGGCUGAGGAGCAUGCAAAUUUGCUGGGUAAUUUGACUAAUGAACAAAGAGUUGUCUAUGAUACUAUAAUCAAGGCUAUUGAUGCUGAUAGUGGUGGAGUCUUCUUUGUGUAUGGGUAUGGAGGAACAGGGAAAACUUUUGUAUGGAAUACUCUUUCUGCAGCUAUACGUUCAAAAGGGGAAAUUGUAUUGAAUGUUGCAUCAAGUGGUAUCGCCUCACUUCUGCUGCCGGGUGGUAGAACUGCGCAUUCUCGCUUCAAGAUCCCGAUUAAUCCUAAUGAAGAUUCUACGUGCAACGUAAAACAAGGAAGCGCACUUGCCGAACUUCUUAUCAAGUGUAAGCUUAUAAUAUGGGAUGAAGCACCAAUGGUACACAAAUAUUGCUUUGAGGCUUUAGAUCGGACACUCCGAGAUAUUUUGCGAUUUAGCAAUCCUUCAAGUUUACAGAUGCCCUUUGGAGGAAAAAUUGUGGUGUUUGGUGGAGAUUUUAGGCAAAUCCUUCCUGUCAUUCCGAAAGGAAGGAGACAGGAUAUAGUUAGUGCAUCCAUAAACUCUUCUUAUUUGUGGCAGCAUACAAAUGUGAUGCAUUUAACAAAGAACUUGAGGCUUCUUCAUUUGCCAGGCAGUGAUCAAUCAGAAUAUUUGAUUAAGUUUUCCGAAUGGAUUGCAAGCAUUGGAGACGGUACAAUUGGAGGGCCGAAUGAUGGUUUUGCAGAGAUUGAGAUUCCUGAGGAGUUCUUGAUUACAAAUUUUGAAGAUCCAAUAGCUAAAAUGGUUGAGACCAUUUAUCCUGAUUUUGGAACCAUUGAUCAUGAUCCCAGUUAUUUGGAAAAAAGGGCAAUAUUGGCACCAACCCUUGAUGUUGUUGAUUCUAUCAACGAUUAUAUGCUCACUUUAAAUGGUACUGAGUUGAAAACAUACUUAAGUUCAGAUAGUCCAUGUCAGUCAGAUGCAAAUCUUGAUUUCUUGGCUGAUAUUCACACUCCAGAGUUUUUAAAUGGAAUUAAAGCUUCCGGAGUUCCUAACCACCAAUUGCAUCUUAAAGUUGGGACACCGGUUAUGCUAAUGAGAAAUAUAGACCAUUCCCAAGGUUUGUGCAAUGGAACUAGGAUGGUUAUCACUAGAUUGGGCAAUCAUAUUUUGGAAGCAAAAGUUUUGACGGGAAUAAGUGCAGGUCAAAAGGUCUUAAUACCUAGAAUGUCUUUGACACCGUCAGAUGUGAGGUUGCCUUUCAAGUUCCAGAGGAGGCAGUUUCCAAUUAUUGUCUCAUAUGCAAUGACAAUAAACAAGAGUCAGGGGCAGUCUUUAUCUAAAGUUGGAUUAUUUUUGCGCAAACCGGUUUUUAGUCAUGGUCAAUUAUAUGUUGCUCUUUCGCGUGUUACUGAUCCCCGUGGUUUGAAGAUUCUUAUAUGUGACAAGGAAGGUAGGAGUACUAAUAUAACAACAAAUGUUGUAUUUCAUGAAAUCUUUCAGAAUUUGUAAAACACUUAUAAUUUUUAUGUUUUAAUGUACUUAAUUUAUUUGUUUCCCAUUUUCUUA